AGUUUCACAUAAUUUAAUAUGAAGAAAUUCCACAUCUCUGUUUAUAGUGUGAAUUAGAUAUAUUAUUUUAAGAAGAAUAUAUUUUUUCCAAGAAUUUUUAAUAACAUAUUAUUGGGAAAAAUUUCAGAAGGACAAAUAAAAAUAAUUCAAUACAUCAAUUAAUAAAACCAAUUAUUGGAAUGUCCUACAUCAUAUUUUCAUUACAUACCGCGCCUGAUUGCGUCAACAUUGAGAAACGAAUCUAGGCCGCUUCAGCCAAAUCAGCACAACGGCGAAAAGCCAGUAGUUUAUAAAAAUGGCGACCUAGCAGAAAUAUCGUCAGUCGAGUUUGUGGUGAGACCGGAGUUGGUUUGAUUCGUUUCUGCAUUCAACAUGGGCUUCUUCACACUGCUGUUGUUGGGAGCUAUCUUUGUCGGUUCCAAUUGCCAACAAAGUCAGGAUAUCAGACAACUCUUGCAGGAGCCAAUCAGACAACUCCAGGAGCCAAUCCAACGCUUUUCGUCGCAGUAUGAGAACAUGUUCGAGAGACAGAGUCGUCCACCAGGUGUCGGUGGUCCAUACAACCCACUCACAAAGUCCAUCGCUGAGUACCAGCAGUUGAUGUCUGAGUUGCCAAUCCAGAAGUCUCAACAGCCACAGGUCACCUCGCAGCAGCUCCCAAAGUCGAUGGCCGAAUCUUCAACGUCCACAGAUAAGCUGAGACAAAGCCUGGAGACGCAGGAACAAGCUCUCUAUGCCCAGGAACUACUGAAGAGAGACGAAGAAUCCAGGAAGCGGCCAGGAUCCCGAGGAGUUACCACUGUCUGUGUCCAGGUGCACUCAGAUAACGGAAAUCCAGUCGUUUGCGGACCUCAGAUUCCUACAUUACCAGUAUCAAACCAGAUUACCAGCUACAAGAACCCUCCUCAAGAUGAACAAGCAAAACCACAGGAGCAACCAAAACCAAACACAUUUACACCAGCACCAAUCAGACCACAGUUCAUGAGAGUGCCAGUCGUCUACCAGAACUACCAACUGCCAAGACAGCAGCUAUCCCUGAGAUGCGAGCCAGACGCCGGAAUCAACCGAUUCGCAACCAACUACCGUCUGGCAACCGCCGUUCCCAUGCCGACUGAGUACGGUCUGAGUCUGGGCCUGAACGACCAACGAACGGUUGUUCCAGAAGAACGAUCAGUCAGUACCAGUGGGGAGCGCCGCUCACUAGAUCAUCAGCUGGUGAUAGGACUCUGAUGCAGAGCACUGAUUUGAGGAAGCAGCCGGUCGAGCAAUCCGUGCCGAAGCUCAGGACCUCCGACAACCCAAUCAUGAACCUCUACGGCGAGAGCUUGGUUAAAAGCCUUGACGACAUUAUGAGAGCAUCCGACGGUGCAGCUUCCUCCUCUUCUUACUUGUCAACAGUGCCUGGCUUCGAGAGAUCCAGUGACAUGUCGACUUUCAAGAGACUCGAGGAAAGCCGCGAAAAACUGAAAAAACUCACCCUCGAACUGGAGGAGGUGAAGAAGGCUCGCGCCGCUGAGGAGGCUGCCCGCGCUGACGACCAGAAACAGCAGAGUCAGCAGCAAAGCCAACAGAUCAGUGAGGAGGACAGGAAGAGAAUCGCCUCCUCACAGGAGCCACUCAGGCCUGCUCAGAUCGCAGAGAGGGAGAUCAGACAAUGACAAGUUUAUCCAAUUUUAUAAAUUGACUCAAAUGUUGCAGCUCUUUUCAAAAUAAUAGAGAAGACUCAAAUGUUAUAGUAUCUCUAUUGAAAAAAUAGGGAUGAUCGAAGUAAUUGUAGUAUUGUACUCUGUUUGAGGAAAUAGAGAUAGGUUGUAAAUAUAUUUUUAUACUUUUGUACAAUAAAUUCGUUAAUAAAAUUAAAAUUUUGUAGAAAA